AAACGUGGCCUAACAUAAUAAUUAGACAAACAGCACACACAGAUAACGUGACAUAACAUAAUUAGACAAAUAUCACCACAUAGACAAGGCCAUCUCAGCAACCCACUGCAUGCCAAAUAAAGUUUUGUUGUCAACCUCAAUACCAAACCCCUCAACGCUCCCUCCAACGACGUUCGGCGGUUUGGCACGACAAGGAAUCAUUAGCAGUUUCCUCAUUAAUUGCACGAAUCCUCAACCUUUAUAGUACCUCUCUUGUAAAACAAACAAAAGCUUAAGCUGCCUUUCAAGUUUGAACCUUUCGGUUCCUAUAUAUACUAUUCCCUGUACUUUGCAUGAGUGCGUAGUGCAAGGAAGGAAUAUAUAACAUAUAACUAACAAAGAAAGAAUGACAGGGUCAUCUCGAAAAGGACGCGGAUACUUGGAUGAAGGAAGUGUGAAUGGAAGAAUGUACGGAAAGUUAAAGAAAGACGAGUUCGACGGUUACAACUCCGAUAACCAUCAAAGAAAAAACAACCCCAUCACAAUGGACGCGCCUCAUUUGGAUCCUCAAAUGGAAGCUGACAACGCUCCCUACGACGCUUCCCUCUCUCCCUUAUCCAAAUCCCCAUGGUCCUCUCACAUGAACGAAGACGCUUUUGCCGGCUCCAACGAAAACGACGCUCUCGUGGGCUCCCUUGUCCGCGAAGAGGGUCACAUUUAUUCCCUCGCUGCAACCAAGGACCUGUUGUACACGGGUUCUGAUAGCAAGAACAUUCGCGUGUGGAAGAACCAGGAGGAGUUCGCGGGCUUCAAAUCCAAUAGCGGUUUGGUCAAAGCCAUUGUGAUCGCCGGAGAGAAAAUCCUCACGGGACACCAAGACGGAAGGAUCAGGGUUUGGAAAGUGUCGGGGAAAAACGACCAACAACACAAGCGCGUCGCCACGCUUCCAACGUUGAGAAACUACAUCAAAUGUUCCAUGAAACCGAGCAACUACGUGGAAGUGAGACGACGCCGUAAUUUAAUAUGGAUCAAACACUACGACGCUAUUUCGUGUCUGAGUUUAACGGAGGAUCAUUCUCUCAUAUACUCCGCCUCGUGGGAUAAGACCUUUAAGGUGUGGCGAACGUCGAAUUUCAAGUGUUUGGAGUCCGUCACGGCGCAUGACGACGCCGUUAACGCGCUUGUUGUGGGGUUGGAUGGGAUGGUCUUCACGGGCUCCGCUGACGGCACCGUUAAGAUUUGGCGGCGCGAGGUUCAAGGGAAAGGGACGAAGCAUUUGUUUUCGCAGACGCUGUUGAAGCAGGAGUGUGCGGUGACGGCGUUAGCGAUAAACGAAGAGGGGAAUGUGCUAUACGCGGGUUCCUCUGACGGGUUGGUGAAUUAUUGGGUUCGGGAAACGAAUUUGGAGCAUAAAGGGGUUUUGAGGGGCCACAAGCUGGCGGUGCUGUGCUUAGCUACGGCGGGGAGUUUGGUGUUCAGCGGGUCUGCUGACAUGGCGAUAUGCGUGUGGAAGAGGUCGCUGAACGACGACCACACGUGCGUGAAUAUUCUGUCGGGGCACACUGGGCCUGUUAAGUGUCUCGCGGCGGAGAGGGAUCCUGAAGCGAUGUGUAAUGAGAGGAGGUGGAUUCUGUAUAGUGGGAGUUUGGAUAAGUCGGUGAAGGUGUGGAAGGUGUCAGAGAAUGCUGCGAGUGCGCAUAACAACCACCAGCCACCCAGGCCCAGUCUUGAUCAGUUCCCCAGAGUUUCGUCCUUAAGGAAAAUGGGGUCAAAGAGAUACUAGAUAUAUAGCUGCAUGCGUGUGUGCACAGGACAACAAACAUGUUUGAUUUGCUAUUUGAAAUAUCAGCUCUGGGUCGUUUGUGAUGCCCACGGGGAAAUAUUUGAUUUUAUGGGCAUGCAGAUACUGCAUUGUACAUACAACUUAAUUUAUGCGAUUGUUUGGGUUCAAGAAA